ACAGUUGUUCGCGUGAAAUGCAGAAUAGGGUGCCAACCCUUUUGGGGUUAAAAUUUAUGCUGGGUUUGCUAGCCGUUACUAGGCAACAAAGAAAUGAAUUCAACAUGAAUUUUGACAUUCGACUUUAGUGUGGAAAGACACAAUCGAAAUGUCCUUUGCCUUUAAAUAUAAUUAUCCGCAAGUGGCACGGGAUUCUGGAUUCCAUUUAAGAAAUUAUAAAGAUGGACCUUUGGAUUGGCGCUUGAUAGGUACUGUUGAAAUCGAGCGUGUUGUAAGGGAUCAAUGUUUGGAGCAAAUAGACUCAGUGCUGGGGCAUCUGGCGGAAGCUCCCCUGGGUUCCAUUCUGGAAAAUAAGGUUUUGGAUGGUGGCAUAGCAAAAUAUUUCAUACUUUCGCAGUUUUCCAUCCAAUAUCUCUUAUUUUGUCGCAAAUUUUUGGAAGAGACUGUCGAAGAGCUUAGGGAAAGUCACGGAGCUGCCCAAAUGGAAGUGGCCAGCCUGAAGAGAGCCCUUUCCGAAGCCAACAAUGAGAUUAUACAAUUACAUAAAAAAAUUACGCAAAUGGAGGCCAUACAUGAAGUCAUCUACCCCUGCAGCCUGUGCACCAAGAACUUCGUAAGCAACGAUGCCCUUAAUCUACACAUAACUCGGAAGCAUGCAGUCAGUAUGAAAUCUGAGGGAAACGAAACACCAUCUGCAAAGGACAAAGGAAAUGACCUGACCCUAAUAAACACCAUAAAACUUGAACUGGAAAUCAAGCACUUGAAGGAACGCUUGAACAAUGCCGAAAUGAAAAUAAAAGACGGCCUGAAAGCCACCACCACUCCGCCAGCCACCAACAGAGACGAUGGCAAGCAGACCGGAAAAAGUUCGCCAAUGGUCAGCGUGGGAAUACAAAGCAAUUUGACCGAAGUCAAAGAACAGGAUGAUCAAACUGAAAAGCUUGCUACUCACGAAUGUCAACAUGCCAGUCAGAUUGUCGACUUGCAAGAUAAGCUUGAGGACCUGCAUCAGUGGAAAGAGGAGCAAAAAAUACAAAAUUCAACAUUUCUGGAUGAAAUUAACAAAUUAUUCAACAAUGUCAUGGAAAGCACUCAAGACUUGAGACAAAGGAAACUCGAAAGUGAAAUCAUGACGCCAUCCCAAUCCAUGGAACACUUGGAUGCUCUUUUGAGUAAAAAGGUAGAGGAAAUUGGCGAGAGUACUGUGGCUAGACUUAGCGAUGUGGUGUCUAGGCUGGAAUCGAGUUAUACACACAAACUGGAGGAGCUGCAAAGUACUUUGGCAAAAAGCUCAAAUCAAAAAGUUCCAAGCACCAAUCCAAGCACCGCCAAGACAACACCCGGUAACUUAAUGCCAGAAUUAAAAGCCACCGAAAAAUCUAUACAGGAAGUGAAACCGGUGGAGGAAGUAAAGACAUUGCCGCAGGUCAAAGCUGUGCCAGAAGUAAAAACUGUGCAGGAAGCAAAGGACUCAAAACCAACAAAGAAAGAUGUCAAAUCAAUAAAGCAAACGGAACCGACUUCAACUGACUCUUCUUCGGAGGAGGAGUCCAGCUUAGUAAGCAAUCAUACCUUUGUCAAACCCAAAACCACGGAUAUGGAAAAAAGUUUUGGACACACCACAGAUGCAUCCGAGGAUAGUUUUGAAUUGGACACCAAACCAAAGCAUUCAAAAGAAAUAGAAAGCCACCAUAAGAGAAUGGAAAAAAGUCAGACCACCAAGUCACCGAUUAAGCCGAAGCCUGUUACCAGAAAUGGAUCCAGGAAACUUGUGAAUUCCCGUUUGGCUGAACUUGGGAUUAGUUUGAAAUCCACCCAUCUUAGUCACACCUCCAAGAAGCUAAUUUCGAACGAACUCAGUGAAAGGCGGCAUAAAUUGAAAGAGAAACAUCCCAACUUCUACAUAACGAGAAAUAAAAUUAAGAAAUUUGUUGAUAAAUUGUGCUCUUCAAAACUGCCAGACAAUGCCCAGGCAUUAUUGAAGGCAACGCGACCCACCAAUAAGCAGGAAUUGGCUGCAAAACAUUUGGAAGGGAGCUCAUCUGAGGAAGAAGAACCAUUGAUGAGUGAUCGCCGAUAUAAAACAUCUACGUCCACGCCUGAUUCACAUGCAAUGCAUAAUAAGCAGUUCAAGCAACGUCUAGAAAGUAUUUUAGCAUCACCCAUUCGUAAACCGGAUGAACAUACUCGGGUUAUAAUACAUGCUGCAGAAUCUGAGCGCAGUGGACAAAAAUAUCCUAUUCCCAUCCCUAUGCCACGCACAAAAAAGGUGAUGUUUAAUCAACCAGACAAGAAAACCAAUGACAUCUUCAGCGCCUCCGAGUCUGAAAGUGAAAAUAAUUUCAAAUAAGAAUCAUCCUUGCUUCCCAAAAAUGUUUUUACCCAAACACUAUAGAAGUCAUAUCGUGAGAGAUUUACUUGGCUUUAUCUUUCUAUGAAAAUUGGAGGCAAAUUUUGCAUCUAUUUUCCAUUAAUACUCGCUUUGUUUUGUAAAAUAAAAAAAGAAGAAACGUGCAUGGGUGCCUUAAAAUGUGUAAGAAUCCAUAUCAUAUAA